AUGUUCAGAGUUGUGGGAGGACAAUCAUCAUCUCGAUCUGGUAAAGGAAGAAGUGACGAAGGGUUGAUCAAGUAUGGUUUUAGUCUAGUUAAAGGCAAAGCUAACCAUCCCAUGGAGGAUUAUCAUGUCGCUAACUUCAUCAACAUCCAAGGCCAUGAACUUGGUCUAUUCGCAAUCUAUGAUGGUCACAUGGGUGAUAGUGUCCCUGCCUACUUGCAGAAGCACCUCUUCUCCAACAUCCUCAAGGAGGGAGAGUUUUGGGUGGAUCCGCGAAGGUCUAUCUUAAAAGCUUAUGAGAAGACUGACCAAGCGAUUCUAUCGAACAGUUCUGACUUGGGCCGUGGCGGUUCUACGGCCGUGACUGCUAUACUGAUCAAUGGGAGGAAGUUGUGGAUAGCUAAUGUUGGCGAUUCGCGAGCUGUUCUUUCACGAGGAGGCACAACGACGCAGAUGAGUACAGAUCAUGAGCCACGUGUUGAGAGGUCGAGCAUUGAGGAUAGAGGUGGAUUUGUAUCUAAUCUUCCAGGUGAUGUUCCUCGGGUGAAUGGUCAAUUAGCUGUGUCUCGUGCCUUUGGAGACAAGGGACUUAAGACACAUCUGAGUUCAGAACCUGACAUUAGAGAUGCUAUUGUAGAUAACCAGACAGAUGUUCUUGUCUUGGCCAGUGAUGGGAUUUGGAAGGUGAUGACAAAUGAAGAAGCGAUGGAGAUAGCGAAAAGGGUGAAAGAUCCACAGAAGGCGGCGAAGGAAUUAACAGCUGAAGCGUUGAGAAGAGAGAGCAAAGACGACAUAUCAUGUGUCGUUGUCCGAUUCAGAUGA